AUGGAUUACGACCUUCCAGAGGAAGGGAUAGAGGCCUUCCAUUCCUUGUACGAGAGGCUAUCAUCAUACUUGGUGGAAAAAGAGGCCUAUGAUCGAGUCGCGACCUUAGAAAUUGUUAAUGAAGAGUUCUCUGACCAAGAGGAGGAGGAAGAAGAGAUUCAGAUUGCUCCAGCGGCAUUGGAUGACACACCUCCGAAGGUUAGGGACCCUACUGAGAAAGUCAAUCUGGGAACAACUGAUGAGCCUAUAGAAGUGGCUAUCAGCGCUUACUUAAAGCCUAACGAGAAACAGAGGCUCGUCGACUUAUUGUUGGAAUUCAAGGACUGCUUCGCGGAAAAAUACGAAGACAUGCCAGAGGUUUACAUUGAUGACGUCGUCGUGAAGUCUAAGAAGAGUGGAGAUCACUUCACGGAUCUCAGAAAAGUUUUCGAGCGCAUGCAGCUACACAAGCUCAAGAUGAAUCCCGCCAAGUGCAUUUUUGGAGUUCAGGCAGGAGAUUUCCUGGGAUUCAUUGUCCAUCAAAGAGGCAUUGAGGUCCCUGAGGAUAAAGCAAACGCAGUCAUCAAUGCAUCUCCCCCACGAACGAAGAAAGAGUUACAGCGACUACUGGGUAGGAUCAACUUUUUGCGACGAUUCAUUUCUAACUCUUCAGGCAAAAUCCAUCCGUUUUCCCCACUGUUGAAGUUGCAAGGACAGAAUGAGUUUGUGUGGGAACCUAAACAUCAAGAGGCUUUCGACAAAAUCAAGGCCUAUCUGGCGAGCCCGCCAGUGCUUGUUCCUCCUAGAGCGGGAUUUCCAUUAAAGUUGUAUGUUUCAGCAGCUGAGGCUUCCAUUGGCAGCCUCCUCGCUCAGGAUGAUGCAAAUGGUGUUGAACAUGCCAUCUUUUACCUCAAAUUCUCGCUACAGUAUGUGCCACAGAAAGCAGUAAAGGGGCAAGCCAUAGCAGACUUUCUGGCACAUCACCCUAUGCUGGAUGUCCCCGCAGUUAGAGAUUUAGAGGUCGCUGCCACAACUUUAGAUCACCCAGAUUUAGCGUGCUUGCCAGAGUACGCCGCGCUUUAUCAAGCCACAGUCUCACUCCAGCCUUGGGUGUUAUAUUUUGACGGGUCAAGAACAGAUACGCUAGCAGGAGCAGGGGUUGUCUUGGAAAACCCGGCCGGCGAUCGAUUUUCCUACUCUUUCCAGUUGGAGUUCCAGUGUACCAAUAACCAAGCAGAGUAUGAGGCCCUCAUUAUAGGCCUAGAAGUACUACUGGAAAUGGGAAUCAGGGAUGUACAAAUACUUGGCGACUCUCUCUUGGUUAUCAAUCAGUUGUGCAACGAGUUCAGAUGCAAUAGCUUCACGUUGGUUCCUUAUUGGAACAGGGCAUUAGACCUAUUGGACCAGUUUGAUAACAUGCAUCUUGAGCACAUUCCUCGCGAGCGAAAUUUUGCAGCGAACGAGUUGGCCCAGCUGGCAACAGGGGUAACAUUGAGAUAUGGCGUGCGGGAGAGAAUCCUUAAAGUCGAGCGUCGCACACUUCCUUCAUGGAUGGCGAGAAGAGAUCCUCCAGAUGAUACCUCAGUCGUGACCCUAGAACCCAUUGACGUAGAUUGGCGCAUCCCUUUGAUCGCUUAUCUCAAGCAGCCAGAUCCCACUGCCGACAGGAAGAUUCAUUUUCUUACACUAAAUUACUUUCUUAGAGGUAACGAGUUGCGACGACGCGGCGAAGAUGGCAUAGACUUCAGAUGUGUUUAUGGCUGCGAAGCGAAGCAACUCAUGCGCGAAGUUCAUUCCGGCAUUUGUGGUGCUCACCAAGCAGGUCCAAAGAUGCGAUGGUUGCUCAGACGACAUGGAUAUUUUUGGCCCAGUAUCUUGAAAGAUUGCAUCGCAUUCGCUAAAGGUUGUUUGGACUGCCAAGCUCAUGGGCCGGUCCAGCAUCACAAGUUCAUCAUCGUCGCGACCGAUUUCUUUACAAAAUGGGUCGAAGCAGAACCUUUGAAAGAAGCAUCUGGUGGUGCAUUGCGACAAUUCCUGUUUAGGAACAUCAUAUGCAGAUUUGGUAUCCCAGAAGUUUUUGUUUCGGACCGGGGGGCAGCUUUCAUGGGUGGUGAAGUUGAUAAACUGGCAAAGGAAUGGGGAAUACAGUUCGUCCAUUCCAGUCCUUAUUAUGCUCAGUCUAACGGUCAAGCGGAGGCCAGCAACAAAAUCAUCAUCACUUUGCUAAAGAAAAUGUUGGAAGCUAAUCCGCGACAAUGGCAUGAAACCCUUUAUGAGACUCUUUGGGCCUACCGCACAUCGAAGCGAAAUCCCACCGCGACUACACCUUAUGCUUUGAUGUUUGGCCAUGACGCAGUCCUGCCUUUGGAAGUCAACGUCCAAUCAUUACGAGUCCAAGAGCAACAUCAUCUCAUUGGAGAAGACUACGUUCAGGCUAUGUGGCAGGAACAUGAAGACCUUAGCGAAAAGCGCUUGGAGGCUUUAGAUAGUUUGGUCAUGGAAAAGCAACGAGUCGCUCGAGCCUAUGACAAGCGAACGAGGGGAAGGAAUUACAGUGAAGGAGAGUUGGUUUGGAAAGCAGUUCUUCCGCUGGGGGAAAAAUUAGAUGGUCGCGGCAAAUGGACUCCAAGAUGGGAAGGCCCGUACAUCAUUUAUAAAAUCUUAGGGAAAGGAGCUUUUCAUCUCAAGGACCUGGAUGGAGAUGUCCAUCAUAACCCUAUCAAUGGGAGAUACUUGAAGAAAUACUUUCUCAAUGUCUGGGACUCAGAGGAGUCGUAG